GCACCAGCCAUGAGCAGCUUCUUCUCACGCCUGGACCCGCGGCGGGUGCCGUGGGGGGCAGCAGGCCAUGCCCUGCGCGCCCGCGUCCUGCGCACCAAGCCCGUGGAGUCCAUGCUGGAGGGCACAGGGACCGCUGCUGCCCAGGGCGCCAGGCUGGCCAAGGUCCUCACCACCCUCGACCUCAUCUCCCUCGGCGUCGGGAGCUGCGUGGGCACCGGCAUGUACGUGGUGUCCGGCCUGGUGGCCAAGGAGAUGGCGGGGCCCGGGGUCAUCGUUUCCUUCAUCAUCGCCGCUGUCGCUUCCAUCUUGUCAGGCGUUUGCUACGCUGAGUUUGGCGUGCGGGUCCCCAAGACCACGGGCUCUGCCUACACCUACAGCUACGUGACGGUGGGAGAAUUCGUGGCGUUCUUCAUCGGCUGGAACCUCAUCCUGGAGUACCUGAUCGGCACGGCGGCGGGCGCCAGUGCGCUCAGCAGCAUGUUUGACUCGCUGGCCAACCACACCAUCAGCCGCUGGAUGAUCAACAGCGUUGGGACGCUGAACGGGUUAGGGAAAGGAGAGGAGUCAUACCCUGACCUGCUUGCUCUGGUCAUUGCUGUCAUUGUCACCAUCAUCGUGGCCAUGGGGGUGAAGAACUCCGUGGGGUUGAACAACGUGCUCAACGUCAUUAACCUGGCGGUCUGGAUCUUCAUCAUGAUUGCUGGUCUCUUCUACGUCAAAGGUGACAACUGGUCUGAAGGGAAAUUCCUGCCGUUUGGAUGGCCGGGGGUGCUCAAAGGGGCCGCCACGUGUUUCUACGCCUUCAUCGGCUUCGACAUCAUCGCCACCACGGGAGAAGAAGCAAAGAGUCCCAACACCUCCAUCCCUUACGCCAUCACGGCGUCGCUCGUCACGUGCUUGACAGCAUAUGUGUCCGUGAGCAUCAUCCUCACACUGAUGGUGCCAUACGAUGCCAUCGACACGGAGUCCCCGCUGAUGGAGAUGUUUGUGGCCCAUGGCUUCUACGCAGCCAAGUUCAUCGUUGCCAUCGGGUCUGUGGCCGGCCUCACCGUCAGCUUGCUGGGCUCCCUCUUCCCAAUGCCGAGAGUCAUUUACGCCAUGGCUGGUGAUGGGCUGCUCUUCAGAUUUUUGUCCCACAUCAGUUCCUACACGGAAACUCCCGUAGUGGCUUGUAUCGUCUCUGGAUUCCUCUCAGCAUUGCUCUCCUUGCUGGUCAGCCUGCGGGAUCUGAUAGAAAUGAUGUCCAUCGGCACGCUGCUCGCCUACACGCUGGUCUCCGUCUGCGUCCUGCUCCUCCGAUACCAGCCCGAGAGCGACAUCGACGGCUUCGUCAAAUUCCUCUCUGAGGAGCACACCAAGAAGAAGGAAGGCAUCCUGGCCGACUGCGAGAAGGAAGCUUGCUCCCCGGGGAGUGAAGGAGAAGAGUUCUCUGGCCCACCGACCAACACGUGCGGGGCAAAAAAUCUGCCGUCGCUGGGGGAUAAUGAGAUGCUAAUUGGGAAAUCCGAUAAAUCCACCUACAACGUGAAUCAUCCCAAUUAUGGCACGGUUGACAUGACCUCAGGGAUAGAGGCGGAUGAGUCUGAGAACAUCUACCUCAUCAAGCUGAAGAAGUUGAUCGGCCCUCGCUACUACACGAUGAGGAUCCAUCUUGGACUGCCGGGGAAAAUGGACCGCCCCACGGCAGCCACUGGCCACACGGUCACCACCUGUGUGCUCCUACUCUUCGUCCUGAUGUUCAUCUUCUGCUCCUUCAUCAUUUUCGGGGCAGACUACAUCUACGAGCAGAGCUGGUGGGCCGUCCUCCUUGUUGUGCUGAUGAUCCUGCUCAUCGUUGUGCUGGUGUUUGUGAUCUUGCAGCAGCCAGAAAACCCCAAGAAGCUGCCCUAUAUGGCACCUUGCCUGCCCUUCGUCCCUGCCUUUGCUAUGCUGGUGAAUAUCUAUCUCAUGCUGAAGCUCUCCACUGUCACAUGGAUCCGAUUUGCUGUCUGGUGUUUUGUGGGUCUGCUCAUCUACUUUGGAUACGGGAUGUGGAACAGCACGCUGGAAAUCAGUGCCCGGGAGGAGGCCCUCCACCAGAGCACCUACCAGCGCUACGACGUGGAUGUCGACCCCUUCUCUGUGGAUGACGGCUUCUCCUAUGCUGCUGAGGAUGAGGGCUACCCAGGCUGGGGUCCCUCCGAGGACAAGGGCUUCUCAUACCAGCAAAUGGCGGGAGCAAAGGAAAGCCAUCGGACGAGUAGCAGGUCGAAAAGCAAAGGCAGGCACAAACCGCCGUCGGAGGCCCUCAUUGCCAACGAUGAGUUGGACUACUCACCCGAGUAG